AUGAAGAGGAGAGUCGAGUGCGCUCGGGGAAGGAGCGGGGUAUAUAACUACGAGCGGAAAUGCCCCCCGGCAGAAGCGGUGGGGCGACGACGUCUGCAGACGGCUCAGCGUGGCGGCAGCAUGAAGGCAGAUGGGAAAUUGCUCUUCCUGGUGCUGCUGCUCCUCCCCCUUGGGAAGGCUGGCCAGCUCCAGUCUUCGAUCAUUGGAGGACGCGAAGCAUUGCCUCACUCCAGGCCCUACAUGGUGUCUAUCCACAAAGGAGACAUUCCCGCCUGCGGGGGAGUCCUAGUCCACGCACGCUGGGUGCUGACGGCUGCGCACUGCUACACCGACCUGUGUAAGGGUCUCAUUAGGGUGCUCGUGGGUCUCCAUCAGCAGCCCAGGGGAAAUGCCCGAGUGCAGGUCUUCACUGUCGCGAAGUUUGUCCCGCAUCCUUCCUACAACCACAGGACUUUCGCAAAUGACAUCAUGCUGCUCAAGCUGGACAGGAAGGUGGUUUGGAACAAGGAGACGAGCCUUCUCCCGCUGUCCAAGAAGAAUCCGGCUCCGGGGACGCCGUGCAGCGUGGCUGGCUGGGGGAGGUUCAGAGAGGGAAGCAAGUAUUCCCCCGUCCUGCGCGAACUCGACGUCAAGGUGAUGGACAUCAGGAUGUGCAACAACAGCCGGUACUGGCAUGGCGAGGUCACCAGCACCAUGAUGUGCUUCGAAGGGGUCGAGAAGGGCUCUGCCCCCUGCCAGGGUGAUUCCGGGGGCCCUGUGGUGUGUGGCAAGAAAGCGGAGGUAGCUGGCGUGAUCUCCUUCACGGGCAAAAGCUGUGUCAACAUGUUCAAACCGCCCGUCGCGACGGCUGUCUUUAAAUACAAGACGUGGAUCAAAAAAUACCUACGCUGGGGCUGA